AAAGAUAUUGAUGUGGUGCUGCAGAUUUAUUCCCGUGGGCACAUCGAUGUUGUGAUUAAUGAGAGGAGUGAACAGGGAUCGUGGAGGUUUUCUAAAAUUUACGAGGAACUUGAGACAUCGAAGCGUAGUGAUACUUGGGCAUUGUUGGUUCAUCUGGGAAAUCGAAAUGACUUGUCGUUGUGGGGAUUUCAAUGA